AUGUUAAAAAUGAACGGACAACAAACACCUAAUAAAACAUCAAAAGGUCCAGCAACUACUCCAGAUCAAAAGCCUGUCAACCAAAAAGACGUUGUUAGGAAUUGGGAAAGUGAAGCACUCAGAGAUUUGAAAUCUCAACUUAAAAAAUCUGUAAAUGAUCAAAAAGAAAUAAAAUUAUUAUUAGACAUGUAUAAAGGAGUUAGUAAAGACCAAAGAGACAAAGUUCAAUUAAUGGCAGCCGAAAAAAAACUUCAAGCAGAACUUGAAGAAGCAAAACAAGCCAUAUACGAACUCAAUAAUAUGUGUAAUACUUAUAAAUUAUAA